AUGGUUCCUCAGAGGACCCCAGUGCUUUGGAAUAGUAGUCUGGGGGAGGUGAACUGGAUUGUGGGUAGACCAGGAAGCCGACUCCAGGGCGUCCAAUCGGGAAGCCGGGUUGAUACCUGGACGAUCGAUAGCGAGGCGUGCCAGCGUGCCAGCCCUGUGCAGGCUCUCUGCCAGGCUGACAGGGCAGGCGUGGAGCAGAUGCCACCUCACGCUCUGCACGAGGCCAAGACAGAUGACAUCCUGAAAGCCAAGGAGAAGAGAGUGGAGGAGGCCAGGAAGAAGAAGGAGGAAGAGGGCACGUCUCUGGCAGAACAAGUGAGAAGGAUAAAGGACAUUGAGGCCAUCGAGAGUGAUUCCUUUGUUCCUCAGGCUUUCAAAUCAUCCCGAGAUGGUUUAAAGGCUGAGCCCGUGGAGGUGAAGCAGGAGCCAGAGUCAGAGCUCCAGGAGGAGGAGGUGGCCUGUCUCCCUACAGCCAUCCUCUACAACGACACCCACACCCUGGCCCACCCCGCCUUGUUUGUGGAAAAGGAGAAGGCUGAGGAGAUGUGGCUUGCUAGGCUGGUGUCUAUGCGACAGGAGAGGCUCAUGGGAAGUCCUGUUCCGUGAGAAGCUCCAUCCUGGUCCUGGCCCUGGUCCAUUCUUCCAUGUCUAGCUAUGGUCUAGUUUAGUUUGACAUCUCAGAUCUGCUGUGUUGAGGUUGUGGGGGUGGGGUAUGUUUUUGUCUUUUGAAACUGUUUUAUGAUUUUUCCUUUGAUUUGUAAUAAACUUCAACAAAUGGGA